UAGCCACCGCCAGCGCCAGACUGUCCGGAUAAAAUAAAGAGUGUCAAUGUAUUUUAUUUUUUCCUCUCCCCUCCGAAGCGUGGUGUUGGCAGCGAUCUGGAUUCUGGAAACAGUGUUCUCUCUUUCACUCACUCUCCCUUUUCUAGACAAGGAAGCUCACAUUCUCACUUCAAAAAAAAUUCCUCCAGUAUCUGAAGACUGAACCCCAAUUGAAAUAAUUAUGACAGGAAAAUCAAAUCCUUUCUCUUCUUUGAUUACUUCACCACCAUGUAAUCUACAGAGAUCUCUUUUAACUAUCUCAGCUCUAACCCUAAUCACUUUCACUUACCUCUCUCUUAAAUCUCUCCAUUUCCCACUUCAAUACUGUUCUCCAGAUAUUUCUGUGACUCGUCAGGUUGAAACAUCGGAAGAAUUUACAGAUAUAUAUCACUCACCUGAAGUUUUCCGAUUGAAUUAUGAAGAAAUGGAGAAGAAUUUCAAGGUUUUUAUAUAUCCAGAUGGAGAUCCAAAUACUUUUUAUCAAACUCCUAGGAAAUUGACUGGAAAGUAUGCUAGUGAGGGUUUUUUCUUUCAGAAUAUUCGAGAAAGUCACUUUCGUACUGAUAAUCCAGAUGAAGCCCAUCUCUUCUUCAUCCCUAUUUCUUGUCAUAAGAUGAGAGGAAAGGGGACAUCGUAUGAGAACAUGACGGUAAUUGUGGAUAAUUACGUGCAAAGCUUAAUUAUGAAGUACCCUUAUUGGAAUAGAACCUUGGGUGCAGAUCAUUUUUUCGUUACUUGUCAUGAUGUUGGUGUAAGAGCAACUGAAGGUGUUCCAUUUCUUGUUAAGAAUUCAAUAAGAGUUGUUUGUUCACCAAGUUAUGAUGUUGGAUUUAUUCCUCACAAGGAUGUUGCUCUCCCACAAGUACUGCAGCCAUUCGCUCUACCAGCUGGGGGAAACGACAUAGAAAAUAGGACCGCUCUUGGGUUUUGGGCAGGUCAUCGCAAUUCUAAAAUAAGGGUUAUACUGGCACGUGUGUGGGAGAACGACACAGAACUUGACAUCUCGAACAACCGAAUAAAUAGGGCAACUGGACCUCUAGUUUAUCAGAAGAGAUUUUAUAGGACGAAAUUUUGCAUAUGCCCUGGUGGCUCUCAGGUUAACAGCGCGCGGAUCACAGACUCAAUUCACUAUGGAUGCAUUCCUGUUAUUUUGUCUAAUUAUUAUGAUUUGCCAUUCAAUGAUAUCCUUAAUUGGGAAAGAUUUGCUGUCAUACUAAAGGAGAGUGAUGUGUACAGACUUAAGUAUAUUCUCAAAGAAAUUCCUGAUGAGGAAUUUGUUCUGUUGCAUAACAACCUAGUGAAGGUCCAGAAGCACUUCCAAUGGAAUACACCACCACUCAGAUAUGAUGCGUUCCACAUGGUUAUGUACGAUCUAUGGCUGCGUCAUCAUGUCAUCAAGUACUAAAAACACCGUUACUUAAGCCAGGUUUUCUUUGUUGUACAUUGGGUGCUUUGGAGUUGGUCUGGAGAUAUUGAAAGUUCCUGACUGAUUUAUUGAGUCUGUUCUCUAACAAUUCAAGGGCUUGUAUAUGUACAACUGUAUGCCUCAUUUUGAUACUCAAUUCAUUGUUAAAAAAAUCGGUGCGGAAUAGAAUUGACAUGUUAUGA